UCCAACUUGCCGCCCAUGUUGGUGCGAGCCCUCCUGCCAGGAGUCGGGAACUACAAGGUUCUGGGCACUGAACACUCUGUGUGGUCUGUGUAGGAACGGCAACAUUAUGAUUGGGCUGCUGGGGACGGCGACACCGCAGAGAUGGAAUAGAGCCGAGCUUGUCUUCAAGAUCGACUCCAACUUGCCGCCCAUGUUGGUGCGGGCCCUGCCAGGAGUCGGGAACUACAAGGUCCUGGGCACUGACUAUACCUCGUUCGCCCUUCUCUAUUCCUGCUCCGACAUGGGCAUACUGCAUGCUGAUCUCCUGUGGGUUCUGGCUCGACAGAAGGAGUUGCCUGUGUCAUCUAGAGUUCAAGUAUACGACAUCCUCAGCACGCUCAACAUCGACCCUGGCCGACUCACCCUCACUAAACACAACAAGUGUCCACAGUUCUAGAGGAGGAUCUAUCUACCACACAUCUACCACACAUUUACCACACACAUCCACUUUCUAUUUACCGUCGUAGAAGAAUUGUUGUCGAAGACUGAAUUGUUACCACUACCUUAUUUACAAGUAUAAACAAAUGUGAGAUAAAUCUAGAAAUUUAUAAUUUUGUCAAAUGUGUUUCAUAUUUAUUUAACUAAUUGGUAUACAGUU